AUGUUUCCGUCGAGACUCGAACAGAACCAGCUCAAAGCCAACAUCUCGGCAUCCUACAACAAGCUGUAUGGCCAGUUCUCGCUGACGGAGCUGCGGGAUGUAGGCAACUACCGGAUUCUCAAAAUCGUGGGCGAGGGAAGCUUCGGCAAGGUGUACCUGGCCAGCCAUCGGCUAACGCACCAGAAGGUGGUACUGAAAAUGGGAUCCAAGAACGACCCCAACGUUGUGCGGGAGGUCUUCUACCACCGGCAAUUCGACUAUGUGUACAUCACCAAAUUGUACGAGGUCAUCGUGACGGAGAACUCCGUCUGGAUGGCGCUUGAGUACUGCCCGGGCAAAGAGUUGUAUGAGUAUUUGCUGAUCAAGAAGCGUAUCCCGCUCGAUGAGUGCUCCCACCUCUUUUCGCAGAUUGUGGGUGCCGUCUUUUACGCGCACUCGAUGAAGUGCGUUCACCGGGACCUGAAGCUCGAAAACAUCCUCCUGGACAAGAAGGGCCAGGCCAAGCUGACAGACUUUGGCUUCACUCGUGAGUGUGCCACAAAGGGCAUCCUCGAGACCGUGUGUGGAACCACCGUCUAUAUGGCCCCGGAGUUGAUAGAGCGCAAGCCCUACGAGGGCUACAAAAUCGACACAUGGUCGCUUGGCAUCAUAUUGUACACCAUGAUCCACGGGGCAAUGCCUUUCGAUGAGGAAGAUGAUAUCAAGACUAAGUACAGAAUUGUCAAUAAUGAGCCGUUCUACGAUGACAACUUCAUUGACGCCAACGGGAAGGAUUUGAUUAUGCAGCUUCUUCAAAAGGACCCCAGCCAACGGCCUUCCCUCACGCAAGUGCUCCAACACCCAUUCAUGUUUCCCCAUGGGUCUUCGAUAUUAGAAAAAACAGAUAAGACGAUAAAGCGCCAGAGCCAAGGGUGCAAACAUUUUCAUUCGAAGCUUGAGCGCAGGUUGCUCAAGAAGCUGAAACAGUCUGGAUUUGACACCCAAGCUAUAAAACAGUCGGUAAAUAAGAAGAAGUGCGAUGCCUUAGCAGGAACCUGGCAGCUUUUGCUAGAGAAAGAGAAGAGAAGCGAAAUCCUACGCCACCCAAAACGGAGCAGGUCUGUUCUGUCCGUCAAAAAGGUAUUUGAGCCGUCUUUACCAAGCAGAAAAGGUUCUGAAGACCUAAAAAAUCCGGAACAAGGAGGCAAAGCAGCGUCUUUGAAGCGAAUAAUGAGUAGGAAAAGUGAUACCGUCUCCAUUAGACAGCCGAUAAACGCCACACAACUUAAGAUGUCACCACAGCAAUCUCCGGCUGAACAGACUGAGGGCAGUGGGAAUACAAGGUCAAACAAGAAGCACAACUUUUUCAACAAAAUGACCAAUUUUUUCAAAACCAAGAAGCAGAACGGUAUUCACUAUCAAAAUGGGUCACCUAGUCUCUCUUCUAAGAACGCAGACAAGAGGAAACGCAACACAAACUCAUUUGAAUCAAACAAGAACAGUCCGCAUCGCUCACCUACCCGCAACGGUAACGGGCUGAUGCCUGGGAUUGACGUGGAGAAGAAGCCCCAUGAAAAACUGAAAAUUGAGGAACCCAUGCUCAAAAAGUUCAAGUCCAACACUUCGAGCGAAGGGUCUCGGCAAACGUCAAUGGGAAACUAUGAUAGCGAGCUAGAUCAUAGACCUGCUAACAAUGAGCACGAAGUCCCAGAGGGUAACAAAUUGCUUGAGCAAAGGGGACGCCCCAUGUCAAUUCUUUCUCAGCAAUCCGAGAUGUCAAAUGACACAUAUAACUCGGAGUAUUCAACGGACGGCAACAUCUCGAAUUCGAAAGCAAACAGCAGCAUAAGCUCUAAUAACAGAAAUAUUAGCAGCGUUAUACUUUCCCCUACCGGCGAUUUAACAGAUAAUCAGACCACGCAGUCUCGCGUAACAACAAGAAGGUCGAUGAGCAUUAUGUCCAGUGCCUCAAGCGCAUCCGAGAGGAGCUCUCGAACGGAUUCAUUUUAUGACAUUUCUACUGCCUCCUCUCCGAAAACCAUGGACCUAAGAGCUAUGGGAAAUUAUUCAAACGCGGAUACCAUGGUACCGCGUAUGACUGUUGGGUCCCAAUGGCUGUCAAAACGCGGGAGAUCACCAGUCGGUAGAAGAGGAAGACCACCAAAGAGGAACAUCAGCCGGAAGCUGAUGAAUCAUAGUUCUUCUGCCGCCCAGUCUGUUAUCCAAGAAGAAAGUUCUUUUGACAAUGAGGACGACAACUCUGGAGCGUUGAUUGAAGAGACCGAAGGCCAGGGCAUUCCAGAUGCCCCAUUAUUGCAUGAUUUAGAAACACCUUCCUCCAUCAGCGGAACCCCUUCAAAGCCAUCUACUCCAAUUUGUGCGGAAAUCCAGCCCACAGAUACAAGACCGGUUCUGUUUGCCAUGGGAAGAUCUUUUAGUGGUGGUAGCCGCUGGUCGCGCAAUCUUUCAGAAGAGAGGAUAUUAACAUCUGAUUUCCCUUCUCUCCAAAACGCCGGCGUUCAUUCAGAUAUUGGUAGUGCCGACGAUGAGGAUAACUCUCUCGACGAUUGA